AUGUUGAAGUUGAUUUUUGUAACGUGUUUGAUUGCAUAUGUGGCUUCAAUUCCGGUAGACGAGAAAAAAACGCCACCAAAGUCUGAAGAGCGUGUUUUGAUUAAGCGCGAAGAUCACAUUGCAGCCGGAAAAGCAUAUGCUGAUAAAGUUGAAAAUCAAAAGAAAAAUGAUGAAGCGCAAUCACAAAACAAUUCGAAAACUGUACAAAAUCCAAAGCAUUUGAAGAAACGUGAAACCGAAUCAACACCCCCGAAGAAAAGUGAGCGACAAAGUCGAGAUGUGUCAAAAGAAAAACCACAAUCAGAUCGUAAGACUCGAGAUACAUCGAAUCAAAAGGACGCAUCAAAUCAAGAUCAACAUCGUUCAUAUCAUGAAACGUCGAACAUAGAAGAUAAAAAUAAACCAAAACAUGAUAUCCCACCAUUUGGUGAAAAUCCAGCAAAGCCAAUUCAAAAACGGGAGACGGACAAAGAUGAACCUAAAAAGCAUAUUGACAACGUUGCCGAUGACGAGGAUGAUCAAAGUGAAAAAAAUAAACGUCCAACUCGUGAAACUUCCGAUGAAGUGAAAGACAAGAAACCAGAACAAAAAACUAAACGUGAAACAAACGAACCAAAACCGAAAUCGAAUGAUGCCAAAAACCAACCGAAAACCGGUUCAUUUGGCUCACAUUAA